AGGCAUGACAGAUGCUUUGAAAGUGAUCGGGAGGUUACUGGUUCAACCGCCAACUGAGACAAGAAUGAGAGCAUUAGCAGCAACUCAAGAUCUGUUUACUCUGCAGGAAGAGCAUCAGACGGAUGAUCUACUCAGCAUGCAGGAAAGAUGGUUUACCAACCUGUCACCCAAACCCCUGGACCUUCUCCUUUCGCUCUGCAAGCAACCCUUCAUGGAGAUCCGUUGCAACGCCCUUCUGAUCUUACGAGCCCUGGUGAACCAACCUUGGGCAGGGCGGAUGCUCAACCAGGAGGCAGGGUUCCUGGAGUAUCUCCUGGACAGGACCACGGAACCUGACAAGGAGGGCAAGGAGACCAAGUACUCCGUGGUGAAGGCCCUGGCGGAAGCCCCGUCAACGGGAGACAUCUUUGGAAGACCUGCUCUGUUGAGAUUGAAGGAGUAUGUCAGGGAUGGUCCAUUCUAUGUUAGGGUACAGUCUGAAGUAGCCAUGGAGAGUGGAUCAUGAGGAUACUCAAGCUCCCAGGACAAACACUUUUCAGUGCUAUUGAUCUAUCAGUACAUGCAUGGUCAUUGUAUGUUUGUGUGAGUACAGGACCUUCACAUGCUCCUAUCUGUCCGACCUUUCAGCCCAGAAUCAUCAUGUUUUGGAUAAAAUUAUGAAAUACUGUCCAUCAGAAUGAUAUGUGAUGACAGGGCAUGAUAAGGUUGUUUCUGUGAAUUAGAGGACCAUGAACUCCUUUCCAUCAAACCUGAGGUUGGAAUCAUCACUUGAGGAUCAAAUCAUGAAAUACUAUCAGAUUAAUCUCUUAUGUCAGUCCAUGCAUGAUAAGGAUACCUUUAUGUGAAUAGAGAUCCAUUUCAUGUAACUUCUUUUCAUCUUUGAACGAUUCGGGCAAGAUUUGCCAUCUGCUUUAUGAGGGAAGUGAAGCAGCCAUUAUGUAAAAAAAAGAUUUGACAUGAACAAAUCAGCAAUUGUUUCCAAAUUCAUUGCACUGCUUAAUUAUUUUGGGACAAAAGUCAUGUAGGUCCUGUCAUACAAAGAGCUGUGAUUGAUCCGAUCAACCUCAACUACACAGAAAUCCAUCAAUGUCAUAAUUUUUUCCCACAUGAAAUUCUCACUACCGGUAUGUCUUUUUUGUAAACAAAGAGGAGCACACUGAAUUGUUCAGUCAAUGGUGAUUGUAUGAAUUACAUUUUAUUUAGGAAACAUCUGGAACAAACAUGCAUUUUAGAUGUUGGCAUUGCUGGCUUUCCAUAGUUGUGGUUGAUCGGAUCAAUCACAACUCUUUUUGAAAACGGGGCCCAGGACUGACAGUUCAGACUCCUCUCGGAACUCACUGCUCAUCAUCCUUUAUCCAUCGAUCCUUCCUCCUCAGGCAUUCAGAUAAGCCCUUUAAAAUCUUCUUGAAUCCUAUGACUCAUAACCUAUCUUGCUAAUCCAGUUAAUGUGAUGCAGUUGUUGAUCUAUGUGCACCUCUUGUGCAGAUUGCAAAGUAGCAUUGUUUCCAGCUCCAGUUAGCAUCCACUUUGUUUAUCAGUGUGGCCCAACUUUGGAUCCUAGGAUCCAUGCAUUACCUUAGCAAAUGCACAAUGCAGUCUACUGUCACUUUUGUAAUUGCUUUGCAAUCCAAAGUCCAGCCUUUUGGUAUUCAUUUUGCUUGAAAGUCUGCCAACUGCACGUCCAUCUUCUUAAUGCCAUCCAAUCUUGGAUUCCCUAUCUGAUGGGAAUAUUAUUUAAUUUACUAAGAAAGUAAAGCCUUAAUUUUACCCCUUCAACUGCUUCACUCCUCAAAGCCCAACUAUUAGGCUAUCCUUUCACCUGAAUCACUGCCAACUACACGUCCAUCUUCCUAAAAGCUAUUGGGCAAUUCCAUAAAAUAUGUACGUCCGACCCCUCUAUGUGGGACCUUCAUGAAAUUUUCUAUCUCAGAUUUCUUGUUCUUUUGACAGCCUGUAAUGCUCUCAAAUGACCAUGACUUGGUCAGUUCAUGAAGUGAAGUAAGACUUGAGAAAAAUGGGGGUCGGACAUACAAAAAGGUUGAUCAUCUUAUGGAAUUGCCCUAUUCCAUCUUAUUAUUUCCCAUCUGGGGGGAUUGUCCUUCAACUUAAAUAGUCUCACUUUUAAGUCCAGCCAUUAAGGAUUUCUUUUGCUCAAAAAUCUGCCAACUGCACAAACACUUUCUUACAGCUUUAAAUCUUUGGUUCCCCAUUUGUGAACACUGAACAAUAUUUUUCCCAAGAUGUAGAACUUCCCCUUUUGGUGUAACUUCCAUGGUUCUCAUGCUACGCAGCCAAUCAGGAUCAAUUAUUUUAAAGCAAGUUAACGUUAGAAGUUAAAAGUUUAUGCAGCGAGCGUCGGGUUACUGUUACGUAGAACUUAGAAGUAAAGUAACUGUCAUUUU